AUGUUUCUGCAAAGACUUCGAGAUGGUAUAGCGCAAUUAAUGUUUGGCCUUCGAAUGACAAAUCCUCGCCAAUGCAUUCCACUUCUUCUGCUUCUCAUCGUUGUCUUCUACUUAUUCAUGGGAUCUGCUUGUUUCUGGUUCUUCGAGCACGACCAUCAUGAACAGAGUGUUCGAAAGUGGUACAUGAAUCUCGCUGUGAACAGGCGACAUUUUGCCAGAUCAAUUAGUUCGAGAAUCUUUAAUGAUACACGAAAUCUACUGAUCAUUAUCGAUAGAGAGCAGUCAGAAAGAGUUCAGGUGAGGAACAGCAUUAAGUCGAAGAAUCCUAGUCCAACAACGCUGAUUGGCUGGAGAAUAACAGACGAAUUGCAACUGCUGGUGGAAUCACUGAAGAGGUAUGAAGAUCGUGUAGAAAUGCGAGCACCAGACAGAAAUGAAUGGACGUUUCUAAACGCUUUUAACUACGCCUACAGCCUUUUACUCACACUUGGACAUGGAGUGAAAAUCCCUGAAACGAGCGGUGGUCAGGCAUGUCAUUCUACAAAAUUCUACUUAAGGAACUUUACUUAA